AUGCAUAGUAAUCCAGAGGAAUCUCUGGACCAACCUUAUAUCGUUCAUAGUUCUGCAGCUCUUCUAUUACUUGCUUUACUCUCUACGCCUCAGUCGGAUAACCCAAAGCCUACUAAUCCUUACACUGCUUGGGACGUUCCUAAACUCUUGAAAUUCAUCGUUGAUUGCCAACGAUCAAACGGAAGUUUUGGUCCAUUUCCUACUUCUACAGAACAAGAUGUUAGAUUUGUUUAUUGCGCUACUGCAAUCUGUGCGAUCUGGAAAAUCGAUCCUAAAACGGUGAUCGAUGUUCAAUCAACUGUAGAUUUCUCAGUGUCUUGUAGGCGCUACAAUGGUGGAUAUGGCCAAGCCCCUUUUUUAAAAUCUCAAGGGGAACAGCGUAUUGUGUCUUAG